CUCUCCCUCGCCUUGCAGACGGACCAGCAGGCCGAAGCCCGCGCCUUCCUCAGCGAGGAGAUGAUUGCGGAGUUCAAGGCCGCCUUUGACAUGUUUGAUGCGGAUGGCGGCGGGGACAUCAGCACCAAGGAGCUGGGGACGGUGAUGAGGAUGCUGGGCCAGAACCCGACCAAGGAGGAGCUGGACGCCAUCAUAGAGGAGGUGGACGAGGACGGCAGCGGCACCAUCGACUUCGAGGAGUUCCUGGUGAUGAUGGUGCGCCAGAUGAAGGAGGACGCCAAGGGCAAGUCUGAGGAGGAGCUGGCCAACUGCUUCCGCAUCUUCGACCGGAACGCGGAUGGGUUCAUUGACAUCGAGGAGCUGGGUGAGAUCCUGAGGGCCACCGGGGAGCACGUCACCGAGGAGGACAUAGAGGACCUGAUGAAGGACUCGGACAAGAACAACGAUGGCCGCAUCGACUUCGAUGAGUUCCUGAAGAUGAUGGAGGGUGUGCAGUAA